GGCGGGGCUCUCCGGGGCCGCCGCCGCUGCCGCCGCCGCUGCCGCCGCUGCCGCCGCUGCCGCCGCCGUCCCAGCCGCCGCGCAUUGUGCAGCAGGCGGCCCCCGCGCGGUAGGGCCCUGGACCCGCGCGGCUCCUGGGGAUGGUGAGCAAGGCGCUCCUGCGCCUCGUGUCUGCCGUCAACCGUAGGAGGAUGAAGCUGCUGCUGGGCAUCGCGCUGCUCGCCUACGUAGCCUCUGUUUGGGGCAACUUCGUUAAUAUGAGCUUUCUACUCAACAGGUCUAUCCAGGAAAAUGGUGAACUCAAAAUCGAGAGCAAGAUCGAAGAGAUCGUUGAACCACUAAGAGAGAAAAUCAGAGAUUUGGAAAAAAGCUUCACCCAGAAAUACCCGCCAGUAAAAUUUUUAUCAGAAAAGGACCGUAAAAGAAUUUUGAUAACCGGAGGAGCAGGGUUCGUGGGCUCCCACCUCACCGACAAGCUCAUGAUGGACGGCCACGAGGUGACUGUGGUGGACAACUUCUUCACGGGGAGGAAGAGGAAUGUGGAGCACUGGAUCGGCCAUGAGAACUUCGAGCUGAUUAACCACGACGUGGUGGAGCCGCUCUACAUUGAAGUUGACCAGAUAUACCACCUGGCCUCUCCAGCCUCCCCUCCAAACUAUAUGUAUAACCCCAUCAAGACCCUGAAGACCAAUACAAUUGGGACACUAAACAUGCUGGGACUUGCCAAACGAGUCGGUGCUCGUCUGCUGCUGGCCUCCACCUCGGAGGUGUAUGGAGAUCCUGAAGUCCACCCUCAGAGUGAGGAAUACUGGGGCCAUGUGAAUCCAAUAGGACCCCGAGCCUGCUACGAUGAAGGGAAGCGCGUUGCCGAGACCAUGUGCUAUGCCUACAUGAAGCAGGAAGGCGUUGAAGUGCGAGUGGCCAGGAUCUUCAACACCUUUGGGCCACGCAUGCACAUGAAUGAUGGCCGGGUCGUCAGCAACUUCAUCCUGCAGGCACUGCAGGGCGAGCCGCUUACGGUGUACGGGUCCGGGUCGCAGACGAGGGCGUUCCAGUACGUCAGCGAUCUGGUGAACGGCCUCGUGGCUCUCAUGAACAGCAACGUCAGCAGCCCGGUCAACCUGGGGAACCCGGAAGAACACACAAUCCUAGAAUUUGCUCAGUUAAUUAAAAACCUUGUUGGUAGUGGAAGUGAGAUUCAGUUUCUCUCCGAAGCCCAGGAUGACCCACAGAAAAGAAAACCAGACAUCAGAAAAGCGAAGAUGAUGCUGGCGUGGGAGCCUGUGGUCCCGCUGGAAGAAGGUUUGAACAAAGCCAUCCACUAUUUCCGUAAAGAACUCGAGUACCAGGCAAAUAAUCAAUACAUCCCCAAACCAAAGCCCGCAAGAAUAAAAAAAGGACGGACACGCCAUAACUGAAAACCUCACUUCUCGGGACGGGAGACUCCCUGUUUCACACUUGAUGGGAUGUAUUUUUUUUUUCUUUUUUCUUUUUUUUUU